CGUAUAUAUGCAACGAAUUGCAUAUCACUAGAAAUGGUGGCAAGUCCUUCACCGACAGCAUCGAGAGGAGUAUUUGACUCUUACAAAGAUCAAACAAAUAUUGUUUUUGAUUUUCAAAAUUGCUGGAAAUUGGACCAAAAUGCACGAAACAGCAUAGUGGCAGAAGUAGAAUCGAAGUUGCUAUACUUGAGAACCAAUUAUCCGGAAAGCAAAGUCGUCUCUCUCUCUCCCCCAAGAUGGAAAACUGUAGAAGCCAGGAUCAUUUUUCCGGGAGGUGAUGUUCCAGAUUGGUUCAGCUAUAAAAGCAAGGGGUCCUCACUAACUGCAAAGCUUCCUCCACAUUGGUUUAAUGCCGAGUUAUUCAGCUUUGUUUGCAGCGUUGUUUUUGAAUGCAACGACAUCCCCAAGUACAGCAUUCGCUAUCGUUUUAACUAUAAUGGCCAUAUAAUAAGAACCAACAGAGGUGAUAGCUCCAGUGCCAAUAUGGAGUUUAUUUGGAGAUCUCAAGAUGCUAUUCGGUCAAAUCAAGUCGUUUUAACUUAUGACUCAAAAUGGAUAAAUACUUGGAGAAGGAUACUUGAAGAAGCAGAUGAUGUAGAUGAGAUCUCAAUUGAAUUCGAUGUUAAGGAAGAUGGCAGAAACUAUUCUAAGGUCAAAGGGUGUGGGUUCCAUUUACUAUACACUCAUGACAUAGAAAAUAGACAUGGUCAUUCUGUGGUCCAGUCUAACUCUCCUUGUGGUGAUCUGACCCAGUUCUUCUUAAACCAAGAUUGCGUGGAUGAUGAUAUCGAAGAAUCAGCGAUACAAGAUGCUAAAGAUAAUGGAUGCCAUAAUGUCCCCAUGGAAGAUUCAGCUCCAGUGUGGGGUAGGAAAAGGAAACGAAGCUGAAGGUAUUCGAUCAGAUUUUUAAAAUUUCGUCGGUUUUGAGAAAAAUCGACCCGAAAAGAGUAAGAGGGCCCCAGAGCUUGAUCUAAUUCUCCUCAUGUUUCGUUACAAUUUCUCUUUAAGUUCAAGAGUUUUUUCACCCUCUCUGGUCUCUUUCAUAUUUUUCAUGUUGCGUUAUCAGAUAACUGUCAGCUUUUGCAUAUUUUUCAUGUUUUAUUUCAGUUUACUCAACUAGUCAUUAAGAAGAACAAUGGCAUGA